AUGAGUGGACUUGAGGAGAGGUCAGGAGAGUGGUGGAAUAAGGAUAUCGUAUCUUGUACAAGGACAGGAGUGAUGCGUGAGGUUGGAGAGUGUCAUGAGGGUGGUGUAGGUGUGAGUACUAGUGUCAGAUUGGAUGAUGAGGUGAACAACCAGUCCCUGCUGCGGUGUCCCCACGACGAGGCUGUGGCGGAGCUGCGGCAGGCAGGCGACGAGGUCAUCCUGACGGUGCGGCACUACAAAGCGGCCACGCCCUUCCUCAACAAGGGAGACGACAACAGUUCGACCACAGAGAGCACGACCUCCCAGCUCCGGCCCGAGGAUGGCUGGCGGUCGCCCUCCAACCCCACCACUCCAACCACGCCCUCGACCACCGCCACGUCGCCCACGUCAACCAAAAUGAACAACCACAAAGUCUCGAACGCUGACCAGACGUCGGACUCCUUAGUGUCCAACAACACCACCGACUCCUCGACCAAGAGCAUCACUUCAACCACAAACAACCUCAACAAAAUCAACAGCAGCCGGAGUACCUCUGACGUCAUCACCAACGGCAUCUCCACCUCCACCACCACCACCACCACCACCGCCACCACCAACACUGCGGACAACACCUGCAACGGCCCGAAGGUGGAGAAGCAGUGGGUGGAUGUGGUCACAGUGCCCCUCAUGAUGGCAUACAUCACGCGGUACAUCUUCGGCACCGACAAGCUCCGGCCUCAGGCGUUCGAGGUGAGGGGCAUUAACGGCAUCAGCACGGGCGUAGUUCACUGCGAGGAUGCCGCGAUGCUGUCACAGUGGAUCAAGCACAUCACCAACAACAUCAUUGGCCUCACGAACCUGCAGAUGAAGCUGUACAACUCGAGCUUCCCAGCCUCCGAACACGUGCUGUACAUGGGUUGGGUGUGCGAGGGAGUACUCAAUCAGAAUCUUCCGUGGCAGAAUUGGAAGCCCAAGUUCAUCGCUUUGAAAGGCACCGAUAUUUAUAUGUUCGACACACCACCGCUCAACACCCACGACUGGCUGGAGCGGGCGUCGGUGUGGGCGGUACACCAGACCAUGUUCCGCGUGAUCAAGGAGUCGGAAUACGUCGACGAGCGCCAGCACUGCUUCCUCCUGCAGACGGCCAUGCAGGAGUCGCGCUACCUCAGUGUGGAGACGCGCCAGGAGCUGCUGCGGAUCGAGAACGCCUGGCACCGCGCCGUCUACAACGCCGUCACGAGACUAGGGAGCAAGACCUUCGCCGUGACCCAGGCCGGGAGAUCGUCCGGCCUGACCCUGGACUGGUCGGGCGGCUUCGCUCUUUACGACACGGAGACGCGGGACUACCAGUGGCGCUACAAAUUCUCUCAGCUCAAGGGCUCUUCCGACGACAGCAAGACGAAGCUUAAACUACACUUCCAGAACGAAAACAAGGAAAUUGAGACAAAGGAGCUGGAGUGCGCGACCAAUCUCCAGAACCUUCUCUUCUGCAUGCACGCCUUCCUGACAGCUAAAGUGGCUGCUGUCGACCCAUCCUUCCUGAGGGCGCCUCCGAAGACACCGACGUAGUCAUGCCCGCGCCCUUCCGGCCAGCAGAGCUGAACCUAAAGCCACGCUGGACCAACAUCUCCUGAAAUCUGUCGUGUUCAGUAAAAUAGAUCUUAUAUUUAAACCUGGAAAGCCAAUCACGUUUUGCCACGUCAUAGCCACGCAUCGUUGUCUCAACCAAUAGCUACCAAUUUAAGCCCCAAAGAGCCAAUCACAUCCCACCACGUUUCACCACGUCAAAACUGUAACCCUGACUGUUUAGCCAAUAGCAACCGUACUUCCAAUUUACCUGUACCAAUAGUAAUUUGUCGACGCUAGUCCUUAGAUGUCUUUGCAUAGGAUCUUAUGGCCUUAUUCUGAGAUUUGCCUCAAGAACUCCUGCUUUCUUGAGCUCAACCUUUGAUGUGAUAAUGGCAAUUGAUGUUUUAAAACUCUUCGAUUUUUUUGUGAGACACAGUCAUCGUAUAUAUAUAUAUAUAUAAAGAAACAAUAAUGAUAACGAAAGAAAAACGUGGGAAAGAAUAUUUUUAAUUGCAUUUAGGAAUGACGUGAUUGUCGUGUUACACAUACGCAGGAGGUCACACUUAUCGAUCUCCAUGAUGCGGUACUAGUCACCUGCACUAGUAUCCAAGCUAGUAGUAAAACUAACCUUAAGACUGUUCGCCAUGGGUAUUAGCAUGGCACGAAGAGACAUAGUCAAGGUAAAAUAGGUGGGUUUAGUUUCAAAAGAAAAAACUGUGGGUGAUGAUGCCCUGCACUUGGCCUACGUAGGUCUCUGCUCACAAGGUUGGUAUAGCAUAGAUAAUUAUUUUAUUAUUUAUUAUUGUUCACCUAAUACAGGCCUGAAUAGAUAGCCACGUUGUUCAGUUCGUUUCUUUGACUCUCAAGGGAAUGCGAAUGAAAAUAUAUAAUAAUAAUAACGUACAGAAUGUAACUGCACAAAAAAAAAGAAAAAAAACAUCUGUUCGGUGUUUCAUCAAAUACACUUUUCUGUAAGUUACGUAAUGAUCACUUACACAUCAAGGUGUAUUUGUGUGUACUGUAUAUACAUAUAUAUCUUAAAAUAAUGUAUGUUUUCAGCAUAACUAGUACUGAGGCCAGUCCUGGAAUAUGGCCAUGUACAUUUGGAGAAAAAAAAUAAAACAUUAUUGUGACGUUCAAACUUGUUAAUAGCUUUAAAAAGUUGUACAUAUUAAUGAUGUUGAUGAGAUAGUAUCCUGAGUGAGUAAUAUUUGUGAAUAAGCACUAUGUAGCUAAUCUGUGUGUGUGUUUAGCUUUGCCCAUCGUUGAAGCCCGCAUAUGACGGACGCUAAGAUUUUAAAAAGUAAAAUAAAUGAUGAUAAUAAUGUACUCGAUAUUCAUGUAGGUGUAACAGCUGUUGCACCGGGGACAGUCAGUCAACAUAUGCAGUUAUAUUAUCCUCCAUUUAUAAUGACCAUAUAGUGAAUACCGCUAGUCAUAAACUCACUUUUAAAACUCGGAUAUAUACAUGAAAUAUAUAUUGUUUGUAUAAAUAUUGUUUGUUUUUUGGGGGGUCUCUCGUAUCCAUAAGCUCCAAAAAGGAAAAUCGUUUCUAUAAUGGGAAAAAAAAUGCGUUUCGGUCGAUGCGUUUCUUCAAUUCUUCGGAGUUAUUUUCUUCCGCCACACAUCACCUUUCGACCGGCACUCGAGGCAUGCGGGCGGGCGUGGGUUGGGGCGCCGAGUGGGGGCGUGGAGGCUUCGUCAUGGCACGGGCGUGGUUGCGCAGCGCUGACGCCCGCGGCCCCCGGCACCCGCCUGGCGUGGGGCUGGAGGCGUGGGAGCAGCCGCGACGUGGCCCUCGCCGUUUCCCUCACGUCGCCUGGAGUGACGUGUGGCGCUACGGGGAGGAGGGCGCGACCACGGAACAGCUGCGUGCAAUUGCGUGCUUUGCAAUGCUUGCGGCUGCGUGAUCCUGGCACAGAGAAAGGUUUUGGGGGGGUUUUCUGCGCAUGACACAGGACAAAGGAUUCUUACUUUCUCUUAUUAUUCUCGUCUUUAUUGUUUGUUCCAGGCGUGUCUCUCGUUCAAUUUUCCCUUCUUAUACAUUUCAUUUAUAUUUAUUACCCUUCCCUCUUCUUCCCAAUCCUUAUAUCAUUAUCGUUAUCAUUAUUAUUGUUAUUAUAAUCAUUACUUCAACGUUAUCGUUAUCAUUAUCAUCCUUAUUACUAUUCUUCAUAUUAUCUUCACUAAUACUAUUUUAGUCUUCAUUUUCGACCUCUCCUGUGUUCCGUAUCUCCAUCUUUAGAUAUUUGACUCUCCGUCCUCUGCACAUUAUGCCACUAUUUUUAGCGCCCAAGAAAUUUCGCUAAAACUCUAGAAAGAAAUGGUUUCCAAUCCAUUAAAGUUUAAAUACAUCCCACGUUCUUUCUUUCUUUCCUCACUUCCUGCAACUCUUUUAUUCUCUAACAUUUUCUCUCCCUUUCGCUUCUUUCUUCCCCUUUUUUUGUUCUUUCUCAUUUUUUUUUUUUUUCAUUUAAAACUUUACCUUAUUUUCUAAUUUUCUUUUUUGUAAAACGCUAGUUCUAUUUCAACCGCGAAUCAUCGAAAACAAAAUGGCGGCGUUCGUCAUAAACAAAAGCGAGUCGCGGAGAGAAAAUGAAGAAUUAGAAUUUUGCGAGUGAAUACGUAACUGGUUUAUGCUAAAAAAAAAAAAUAAUAAUAAUAAUAAUAAUAAAAAUAAAAAAAUAUAUUAGAAAUAAAAUAAGAAUUCUUAUGUUAGUUUGGCGCUGGAUCGUCUCAUGAUUUGGCAAAGGGGGAAUUAUCAGUUACGGGAAAACAUAUUCGAAACGGGAAGAUUUUUAAAUUUUUAUUGAUCUAUUUAUCCUUUCAUCUACCGAUCAAUCUAUCAUUCUAUCUAUCUGUCUAUCUAUCUAUAUAUUAUUUAAAUCAGCGUGUGGGAUAAUUGGUCUAAAAGAGCGCAAAUAGAAAGUUAGUUCAAGAGAAGUUAUCUCCACUCGCAUUCCUACGUGGAAUAAAUUUCUCAACUUCAGCUUAGUUGCGUGGAGUCGCAUUUUCCCUUCGCCUUAUUCAAGUUUCUCCUUCAUCUCUAUUUUAUUCAUCUUCUUCUACUUUGAUAUUCCUAAAAACGCGCCAGAACAAGAACCCCUUCACCCUUUUAAUUCCGUUUUCUAUUCCGUUUUUUUUUUUUUUUCAUGGUGGACUUCCAUAUUUAUCCCUUUGUCAAUGUGUCAAGGAAUGGAAACAAUUGCGCCUGUUCUUGUUUUUUGUGUUUUUUUUUGUUUUUUUAUUUGUUUUGCCUUGUGCCGGGGGACCUCUCUUGUUGUCGCUGAAGAGGUAUAUGGAUAAGUCUCGAGUUUUUAUUGUGUACAUAGCCAUCACUACAUCUCAUUAUUACUCUUAAUCCUCUUAAACGCAUCUCUUAGAUAUUAAGAGCUCCAAAGAAUAUCUAUAGUAAUCUUUAUCGAGAAAGUCAGUGUCCUAUUUUAGCAUUACGAGAAACACAGAUCUAAUUUUGUAUGAUUAUUGUCGGCAAAAGUGACCUCUCUCGGCGGCUGGUGUGGGGCUGUGCAUGGUCUGGCGGUCGGUCCGGAAGCGAAGCAUCAAAUUUAGAUAUUAUGUAGUGAGGUUUUGAGUCUUACGGAUUUCGACACCGGGGAUUUUUCAAACUCGUUUGAUAUAUCUGUGUAUAUAUA